UCAUCCCCAUCUUAUCUAGCUUUCUUCUCAAAGAUUCACUGCUUUUUUGUUCUUGUGAAUGAUGCAUAAUCCUCCGUUUCUUUUGCUCUCUGCCAUUUUUUUCUCCGGCCUCGUGAUCCAAUCGGUGGUUGGACCAAAGACAGCAUAUGGUUUCAGUGUAGAGCUUAUUCAUCGUGAUUCGCCACUGUCUCCAUUCUUUAAUGAUUCCAUCACCUCAUCAGAGCUUCUAAGAAAAAAUGCCCUUCAUUCAAUGGACCGAAUCAAAAACAUCCAAUCUUAUAUAGAUCAAAAAGCCACCCAAUCAGUAGUGAUUCCAAAUGGAGGUAGUUACCUGAUGAAACUCUCCUUUGGAACCCCACCAGUGGAAUACUUAGCCAUUGCAGACACCGGAAGUGACCUUACAUGGAUACAAUGCGCUCCAUGCCCCCAGACUCAGUGUUAUUCUCAAGGGUCGUCUCCUUUUGAUCCUGCAGCAUCAUCAACAUACCAAAAGCUUUCCUGUGUUUCAGAGGCUUGCCAAGCUCUUGCCAGAAAGAGCUGCUUAAACACAAAUGAAUGUGAAUACUUUUAUUCCUAUGGAGACAAUUCAUAUACCAUGGGAAUCUUGAGCAGUGACACCUUGAGUUUUGAUUCCUCCAGCAGUCAAAAAACCUCAUUCCCCACAUCCUUUUUUGGAUGUGGACACAAUAAUCAAGGUAACUUCAGAAGGCCUGGUGCUGGACUCGUUGGCCUGGGAGGAGGGCCCUUGUCAUUGAUUUCUCAGAUAGGCACUCAAAUUGAUCAUAGAUUCUCCUACUGUUUGGUUCCACGUUCUGCAACAUCUAGUGGUAAACUAAUAUUCGGACAAGAGGCAAUAAUUUCUCGGCCCGGAGCUGUUUCAACUCCUCUAAUAACCAAAACCCCUGCAACCUUCUACUACCUUAAUCUUGAAAGUAUUAGCAUUGGAGACAAGACCGCACAGGCAGCGUCAAGCCAAGGGAAUAUCAUAAUUGAUUCCGGAACAACACUGACGAUCCUAGAAUCAAAUUUUUACAAUAGUGUAGAGACCAUGGUUAAGGAGGCCAUUGGAGCAGAGCCAAAGCAAGAUCCUUCUGGAACAUUUAGCUUGUGUUAUGGAGCAGAGACCAAUAUUCCAGACAUGCUAUUCCAUUUCACUGGUGCCGACCUUCGCCUGCAACCUGUCAAUACAUUUGGCGCUAAUGACGGCUUACUUUGUAUGCUCAUAGUUCCAAGUAACACAAACUCCAAUUCCAUCUUCGGAAACUUCGCACAGAUAAAUUUCCAGGUGGAGUAUGACCUUCAAAAGAGGACUGUCUCUUUUGCUCCCACAGAUUGUACCAAACAAUAAAUUUGUUAGGACUAGGCUUCUUGCUUUAUUAUAAACUCUUGUCUGUCAACUGAUAGCAUGUAAAAUCAUUCUAAUAUGAUAUUCUAAAAUGACAAAG